AUUUUUCUCAGGAAUGAGAAAAUGUUAUCUCACUCAUCCUUCGUUUUUCAUCUCCUAAAUAUUGACAAUGGAAAAUCAAUAGCAUCGGACUGAAAAUAUGGGGAAAAUGCAUUUAGUCGAUAGCAAGUACGAUCUCGGCAAGUGCCAGAUGUACAACGAGAAGAAUUCGUUCGCAUUUUGGAUAGUGAUUAUCCUACUAUUUUCAUUAGCCUUGGGAAAUCUAUGUCUCACUUUGGCUAUCACAGGGAUACUCAAAAUCUAUAAGGGCAUGGAGAACAUUGAAGUCAUUCAAAGCGAAGAAGCGGUUAAAUUUUUUGGGAAUAUUGAUUUCGACCGAGUAUACAAACGUGACGGAAAACUCGAGGGAUUCUACGACGAACCGAUGGAGAUAACAGGUGAAAAUGAACCGGUGUCGAUCAAUCUGGUCAAUCGAAAUGGCCAUUCCCAUAACAAGAUACAUCUAUCCAAAAAUGGUAGCGCCUUGAAAGGAAUCAAUCACUUCGAGGUGAAAGACGCAGCAUCAGGAAAACAAAUUUUCUCAACAUCCCGACCCACUUAUAACAUGCCCUCGGGAGCCAUCAUGUUGCAUACGAAUCAGGUGAACGCGGGACGAAUAGCUUCUCCAAUCAACGAUACCCUGAAGUUUCAAACGCGGAACAAAUUUACCCUCAAAGGAACGGAAGGAGCACUGCUUGAGUCAAAAGAAAUUAUUUGGACGGCCGAUCAAAAUAUUUUUCUCAAGUCAGACAACGGCAGUGUGGUCAUCGUCGGAGGUGAUGGAAUAUUCAUCAAUUUGAACAGUUUACCGGUUGUUCAACACGAGCAUGGACUGCGAACCGGCUACAAUCAAUUCAAAUUGUGCGUUUGUUAUCCUACUGGAAAAUUAUUCCGUGUUCCGAUUCCGAAGACACACAACAUAAGAGUUAGCUGCGCCCAUUUCAACAGCUGGAAUGAUCCUUGCGUUUGAAAAUGCCAUAUCAUUAAUCAAUAGUAAACAUAUCCUUCGUUCUUCUUUACAGCAUCCAUAUGUAAUAACAGAAUACUUGUUAAUUAGAGUAGAAUGUAUUUUAGUUGCAUUGUUUAAAAAAUCAAUCUUUAAUCUGGUAAUAAAGUAGAUGACAAACUCAAAA